ACUGGGCCGACAAGUACUCAUGAUGGAGUAGAGAAUCCGUCUGAAUAUGGGCGUAGUCUUCCUAGCGGACUACACAUCCUCGAUAGUUAUUGGAUCGCAUUUGACCGAAAAUUCCUAUGUUGACGAGCUUGUCUGAUGUGAUCAUUCUCUGCUGGACUCUGAGUUCUGACUGGUCGGAAACACACAAAGACGGGCAAAUGUCCACCAGGCGACUGGACAAAGGGCUUGGGGUUCUAGACACGGCUGUCGUUUCCCGUUUGACGACACCUUCCACUGGUAUGAUUGGAUCCGUAGAUACUAGGUUCAUAUGCCCUCGUAUAAGUCCGAUCUCUACUAAUAAGCAGUAGGACGACGAAGUGCCUUGACCCGGGCACAUGGUCAGCGACCCUCAGU